UCCGGUUUGAUUCUAUGAUUUCCGGUUUGUGAAAGAAGUAACAGAAAUAGCUUCAGGAAAACUUCACUUAUGUCAAGUGGAGAAAUUAUGACAGAAAAUGCAGAAUGAUGUGAAUUUUCGAAUAAGGUCAGCACAUAUGUCUGACCCAGACUGUCAGGACCAAGGGACUAUGCCACAGAGAGGGAAAGUGGCAAAAGUUCGCCAAGAGUUUAUGAUCCAUGAAGACGGAGCCAUUGCUUACCAAGAACAAAAUGAAGAAUUUGAGAGACACUAUGGUUUAAACAGAUUCAACAGGAGAACAGUUCGAGAUGAUAUUCCAGUGGCCCGAGUGGUACAGAGUGACGAAGAGAGGCAACAACAGGAGGAGAGAUAUCAGGAGUUACAGGCCCUGAAUGUUCAAGCUGAGGAAGAUGCAGAAAUAGCUAGGAGACUAGAACAAGACCUUAUGGGUGAAGAUGUUGCUGUGAAAAGACAGAGAGAACUUCAUGAUGAGGAACUUGCAAGAAAGGCAUUUGAAAAGGAACAAGAGCGGUAUGCAAAGUACAUGGAAAAGAAAAGGAUAAAGGAACUGAAGAAAGAGCGGGAGAUUUUAGAAAAGCAACUACAGCAUCAUUCUGAGGAGGCAGGGCUAGUGGCUCGGGCCUUACCACCAGAUGCUCGCUUGGGUCAGGAAAUGCCACAUACCCCAGAUGUUGAGAGUGCGAACCACGCUAUGAGGGAAGUUAGACUAAACAAUGGAGCUGUAGACAGACAGGCCCAAAAUAUCCACCAUUCCAGAGUAACCCACACAGGAAGAAUCGAGGAUGACGGGGAUUUCUCUGACUUUUACCCACAGCUUCCUGAUCACAUGGAUGAACAACAGAAGAGAUUUAUCCAAGAGACGGCUGAUGAGGAAUUGGCUCGUUUGUUGCAAGAACAAGAACAUAAGAGAAACAAAGCUGAAGUCGACCGCAACAAACUUAGAGAAAUAGAAGAACAAGAUGAGAGGCUUGCCAAAAUCAUCCAGGAACAGGAAAAAAUCAAACUAAAAAAGGCUAAAGAGAAGAAGAAGAAAGAGCAGGAAGAAAAGAGCAGACAACAGCAAGUGACAAACCCUGCAACUCGACCACUACCUGAUUUACCCGGUCAGAGGUCAGAUAUUCCUAUUCAAAGGUCACACGACCACCAUAGGCUGCGUAGGGACAGUUUUCUGCAAUCUCUGAACAAUGGACCAGCGGAUAACUCUGGACAGCAGAGAAGUCCUGAUAACUACAAUACCAGUGCACAUUCCUCCCAGGGGGCCCACAGCUCCUCCCACAGAUCCAAUAGUACCCAGGGUGUUCCCAGGAUGGACCAGCGGCUGCCUCCUCGUGGAGAUCACAGUGUUCGGAACGUAGAAAGGUGGCUUGAAAACUCGGUGAUGGAAUCUCAAGGUCCUCCACCCCGGAGGAGGGUGCAGUCUGACAGAUCUGACCACAGUGACCAUGUUCCUUCUCCCUCCCCACCUGGUAGUUACCAUAGUGACGAGGAAAUACCUUACAGACCACCCCCACAGCAACAGCGAGUCUCCUCCCGACCACCAGAAGAGAACCAUUAUGCUGUCAGUAAUCCAAUGCCAUUCAACAUUGCGGCCGCCAUUGACCCAACUUACCACCGUCGAGCUCAUGAAUUCCAGCAAGAUGAAACUGAGGCCAAGGUUCCUGUUACUAUGGCUACUUCCUUGCCAGUCAGAGAAACGGAACUAGAAUGGGACCCCUCUCUACGUGGAAGCCUUAGGCGACCCAAGGGAACUUGGAAUCAGAUGGCCUUUCAGCGAGGAUAUUUUGGGGAUACCGGGGUGUCAGAUGAUGGCAGUUACUCACAAGAAGGACCUGUUAUAUCGCCAUGGCAACCAGUGCAAGGUCAGAAGCGAUCGUCUCAGGACAAACAGAAGAGAGCGUCUACGGGUAGCAGCAAGCACGAUAAACAGAAAGGAAAUUGCAAGCAACAAUAAUAGUUCAAGAAUGGGAAUUCAUGUAUACAUCUGGACCAGUGUUAAUUAAUGUAUUGGCAAUAAUCGUCUAUUUGCUUUCAAAAUUAAGGGCUUAUCUGUUUAGAUUACAAAAUGUUUAUGACAUACAGGAUAGAUGACAUCUUUUGAUGAUUUUACUUAAUGUGUGUUAAUUAUUUUCUUCUCUCUACAAUUCUUGCUUUUUAAAGAUAUUAUAAUAACCCUGAGGAACAUAAACUGUCUGUUCACUUUUGACUUAUUAAGUCAGUGCCGCAAAUUUGGAUGUCUGUUUAUGACAUGUAAAUUAGGACACUUUUUGUAUAUAUCAUUUUCUACCCGCUAUCAAUCAUUAUCAUUUUUGUUAUAGAUUGCUUUAAAAGGUUUUCAAAAAGAUUAGGGUUCCCAUUACAUUACAUUUAACUUUAAUAUUUACAAUUUUUUUUAUCUACGAAUAAUGCCACAGUACACACAUAUAUUUUUGGUUUUUUUUUAGAAAUAAGUAAAAAGCAUCAAUUUUUAUGCAGAAUUAUACAAUCUUAAUUCACCAGAUAUUAAUUACCAGGUAUAAACUUUGUGUAGUCUAAAGCUAUUUUUUUUAAAAUCUUUAAUAAUUUAUUUCGAUUAAUGAAUAAAUUUAUUGAUUUAUCUGAAUAAGUUUUCAUGAGGAUUUAACUUUGUGUUGUGAUCUAUUGCUUACUGAUCAUAGUUUCACAUUGAUCACCAUAUAAAAAUGAUGGAUCAAAAAUGGAGACAAAAGCAUGAAUUAUAAAUGUUGUUAUCGAUCACAAUUUCGAUAUCCUUUAUUUGAUAUUAGCAGAUCAUGCCUAGAAAAUUAAUGAAAAAUGUGACUUGGCUUUCUGUUCUUAAUUAAACACAGUCUUCCACGUUUUCUGAUAUUGGUACCUUAGUGGAGUGAAAUUUAUGAGUACAUGUAUUUUGUUCUCUUGAAGGUGGUUGACUAUUUUGUAGAUUAUAAAUUCACAGUAUUGCUUCAUUAAUGGCAUUAAGCAGAGCUUUGUGUAUGCAGGUAUUGGGUCUGCUAAAUUGAAAAUUGUGCAAUAUAUAUUGUCUGAUAUUUUGCUGGAUUCUUUUUUUCCAUCUGCAUGUACAUUAUUUGCAACAUCGUUUGAUGGAAAAAGGCCAGGAUCACAUAUUCUUGGGCUUCCCUGCAAAGCUUUUUUAGUUUUUCUUACUCUGUUACUGUUUAAAGUUAAGGUUCCUUAUUUUGCUGGUCACACUCAUAGAAUUUUGCUACAGUGAAUAAGAGAAAUCUCAAUUAUAAGUGAAAUGUAAACAAUUUCACUUCACGGGGCAAAUUUUGACAGAAAUCCUGGUGUUGGGGAAGUGAUGGUAGUGUCCAGGGCUGCUUAUAGAAUAGAUUGAAGGUUGUGGUUUAUUCUGGGGUUGUUAAUACAAUGUACCAUUGGGAAGAAGUGACUUUUCAUCAAGUAUGAAUAUACAUGUACAUUGAGCAAUUGGAUUUUGAAUAUGAUUAUUUUUUUUUAAAAAUUCAUUUUUUUUUCUUAAAUUCCUUUGGUUAUUAUUACUUGUUAUCCAGACUGUUCAUCCUUUACCUUUCACUAUAGCAUAGAAGUGACAAGAAAAAUAUAACAGUAUACAAAAGUGAUGCUUAUUUAUAAUAUUGAUACAUGUAAUUGUGUAUGUGAUGUUUUGAUCUUUAUUGCUGUGAUAGAAAUGUCUUUUUGUAGUAGUUUAUAUAUCUUAAUUUCCCGUGUCUCUGUCUGGGGAAUUUAAUAGUCAUGUAAAUCUUGUUUUGGUUGAGCAUUGAACUAUCUUAGAGUCUGUUUUCUUUGCAUGCUUAUUUUCUUAAAUAUUGUGUGUUGUAAACUGUCUUCUAGGGCUAGAACAGUAUCCCAGGGAUUGCUAGUCACUAGGUUGUCCUACAACCCAGUACAUGUAAGUCAUUAUACAAAGUUGGAAAUAGAAAACCUCUUAUUUGAUGAUUUAUCCAAAACCAAAAUACUACAUGUAUAUACUUGUAUAUGUACAGUAGAUAAUUUUUUGCAUCAGUGCUAUGGGAAAGGUGUAAUUACAUGGUUUUAUUUAGGGGGAAAGGGUUGGAAAAAAUGUGACGUCAUCGCUCUUAAAAGUGAAUAAAUGAAAUAAUGAAUUUUUUUUUUCAGUUCAAGAUACUCACGACCAUUCCUUCAUUUUUUGUAUUAAUUAUAUUGUUAUUUGUUUUCAUUUAAACUUACCAUUUCAAGAUAUCAAGUUGGGGUAAAUAAGUAGAGUAUACCAAGAGACAUACUAAGUAUUUGUUUGAUUCAUCAUUUUGUCUUUAGUAUGUGCAAGUUAAAUGUUGGUGAGAAAACAGAGUUAUGUGGACAAUAUUAUACAUUUGAGUAAUCCAAAAAGACAGUAAGCCAAAUGUAUCCAAUAUUAAAAGAGUUAGUUUUUUUGCAGUAUAUAUGUUUUUGUUUUGUAUGAUCUUUUAUUAGUGUACACAUUUUACGUACUUUACAUUAUGUACCUGUAGUUAUAAUAUUCAUGCAUACGAUUUUUUCCAGAAAUUUAAUAUAAAUAUAUUCAUUUAAAUUCUUAA